AUAACCUCUGUCUCUAAAGCCUAGUUUUGUUGUAGUGAUGGGAAGAAGGUUUGUUCCUACUACAAGAAAGAUGGAUAUCUAAUCAAGGAUUGCUUCAAUUUAAAGAACAAGAAGGCAAGGGAAGCUUCAGAAGGUGCUUUUGCUGGUUCAGUAGAAAGUUCUCUUGGAAUGGAGAACUCUUCUAGUUCUAAUGACAGCAAAGGACAGACUGGGUUGGAGAACAUUUUCACACAGGAUCAGAUGGAAAGGCUCAAUCUGCUGCUAUUUAAGUCACCCUCUCCAUCACCAUCACCUCCUAGCUCUCCAUUUGUGCACACUGCAAAUGCGGUUACCAAAGCUGUGUCUUCACAUCGAUCACCUACCUCUCCCUAUUUGCCUUCAAGUUCAGGUACUACUGUACUUUCAUCCUUGAUAGCUUCUUCUGGAAAACCCUUGUGGGUAUUAGAUACUGGUGCUACAAACCAUAUCAUCUGUAGUCCAAGUAUUAUAGUAAAUACAGAACAGUAGAUGAAGUUUUUGUUACUUUACCAACUGGUGAACAGGUAAAGGCCACACACAUAGGCAUUGUUCAACUUCCUGGUGGCUUGUUUCUUUCACAAGUCCUUUUUAUUCCAAUUUUUAGCUAUAACUUAGUAUAUGUCAGCAAGUUAACCAAACAAAACCCUGUCUCACUUACCUUUCAAUCCUUUUACUGUGUCAUUCAGGACCUUAUCACACAUAAGAGGAUUGAUUUAGCCCAAGUGGAUAGAGGACUCUACCUUUACACCAAGACACCAAGUUCCAACUCUCCUGUCCAGUGUCUUGCAGCCACCACUCACAAUUUCCAGUCACAACCUUUUAAUCUCUGGCAUGCCAGAUUAGACCACCCUCAUGUCUCUAGACUUCAAGCUAUUAGUAAACAGUUUUCAGAUGUAAUAGCUUCUAAACAUAUACACUAUGAUGUGUGUCACUUAGCCAAACAGAAAAGGCUUCCAUUUCCUUCCAGUACCUCUAUCAUUCCUGUCCUUUUUGGUUUGAUUCAUGUUGACAUUUGGGGGCUAUUGAAUACAAUUUCCUAUAAUGGUUUCGGUUAUUUUUUAAAUAUUAUUGAUGAUCACUCUAGAUAUGUGUGGACCUUCCUUAUGAAACAUAAGGAUGAAGCUAGACCUCUCUUGCAAACCUUUUGUUCUAUGGUUAAAAACCAGUUUGGUAAAUCUAUGCAAAUUAUUCGAACUGACCAAGGUCAACGUGUUUCACAUGAAUGAAUUCUAUCAAACACAUGGAAUCAUUCAUCAAAUGAGUGUAGUUUACAUUCCUCAAAAGAAUGGGAGGGUUGAAAGGAAGCAUAAACACCUCCUGAAUGUGGUAUGGGCUCUCAAGUUUCAAUUUGACCGCCCUCUUUUGUACUGGAGUAAUUUCAUCCUUCAUGCAACGUACUUAAUUAAUAGGAAUCUCACUCCUAUUAUGCACAACAAAACUCCCUUUGAGGUCUUGCAUCAACUUCCUCCAGACUAUGCCAAUUUGAAAGUGUUUGGAUGUUUGGCUUAUGCAGCCACAUCAGGAAAACCUAGAACUAAGUUUGACCCUAGAGCCAAGCAAUGUAUUUUUCUGGGUGUACCUGCAGGUAUUAAAGGAUUCAAGCUUCUUGAUCUCAACACCAAACAGGUGUUCAUUUCUCGUGAUGUAGUGUUCUAUGAACACUUUCUCCCUUACAAAAAUCAUGAAUCACAACCUCCCACUACUCCUCCUGAUUUUCCCUCUCCUUCACAAUUUCCUUUCUUUUCUCAUUCCUCUGACUUUGAGACUUCCUUUGUUCCUCAGUCUGGGGGGGGGGGGGGAGCUCAACCCCCAUUCCACAAUCACAACCUAUUGAACCCAUUGAAGUCUCAUCUCCGGAGUCAUAUGAUUCUCCUUUUUCUUCACCCAUUUCAUCUCCUGCUUACCCUCUAUCUCAAUUCACUUUCUCGCCUUCUCCUUCUCCCCAUGCAGAUCCACCUUUUUCUUUUAGAAGUCUACCAAAAUUUCUAAGCCUCCAGAGUGGCAUACUGAUUAUGAAGUGGAAUAUCCAACACAUAAAAGUGUUGCCUAUUCACAUUUGCAACCAAAUCUUUCAAAAUUUGUGAAUUCCCUGACCACUCAUGGUGUACCAAGAACUUAUAUUGAAACUUCUGAACAUCCAGAAUGGAAUGAAGCUGUGAAAGAAGAAGUACAUGCAUUACUUGAAAAUGGAACCUGGAAAAUCACAGACUUACCAGAAGGUAAGCAUGAUAUAGGUUACAAGUGGGUAUUUAGAUUAAAGCUGAAGUCUGAUGGCACAAUUGACAGAUACAAAGCUAGUUAGUUGCUAAAGGGUAUACACAGGUGUAUGGAAUUGAUUAUUGCGGUACUUUUUCACCUAUAGCAAAGAUGGCUUCAGUUAAGAUGUUAUUAUUAGUAGCUGCAGUCAAAGGAUGGCAUUUGCAUCAAAUGGAUGUUACUAAUGCAUUUCUCAAUGGAGAUUUGUCUGAGGAAGUUUACAUGGUGUUACCACCAGGUCUGGAUUCAAGUGGGAAAUACAAAGGGAAAGUGUGUAAACUGAGAAAGUCUUUGUAUGGUUUGAAGCAGUCCAGCAGGAAGUGGUAUGUUAAGUUGACAGAAACUUUGAUCAAACAUGGCUUAAAGCAAUCUCCCUGUGAUUACUCAAUCUUUACUUCUACAGUUUUGAAUGAGUUGGGUGUUUUAAUAGUCUAUGUUGAUGACAUUGUGCUAUGGAGCAUUAGGUUGGAAGCAAUCAAAGAUGUUAAAAAUAUGUUGCAUGCUGAUUUUAGGAUGAAGGAUCUGGGAGAAUUGAGUUAUUUCCUUGGACUAGAGGUAACUCGUGGGAAGCAGGUUAUCAUAGUGUCUCAAAGGAAAUACUGUUUGGAUGUCCUGCCUGAGUCAAGUUUUGAAAGCUGCAAACCUGCUCCCACUCCUAUCUUCAACAAGGAGGUUUUGUCUUCCUCUGGAGGUGAACUUCUUACUGACAUCAGUGAGUACAUGCAUCUUGUGGGGCAAUUGCAAUACCUGACCACCACAAGACCUGACAUCACAUUUGCUGUUCAAUAGCUCUAUCAUUACCAAGAUAGUCCCACCACAUCACAUCUCAGAGCUCUGCAUCAUGUGUUGAGAUACUUGAAAGGUUCACCUGGUCAAGGGAUUGCUAUAUUCUAAAGAUGCAGAACUUCCGUUGAAAGGUUACAGUGAUAGUGAUUGGGUUACAUGUCCAGAUUCAAGGAAAUCGAUUACAGGCUACUGCACAUUCCUUGGAAAUGGAUUGUUAAGUUGGAAAAGCAAGAAACAAUCUACUGUAUCUCGUUCAUCAUCAGAGGCAGAGUACAGGGCACUAGCUAGCCUAAGUUGUGAGGUGCAGUGGUUGAUCAGAUUGCUUGCAGAUUUUGGAGUUUCACAUGAUCAAACAGUACCAAUCUAUUGCGACAAUUAGUCUGCAAUCCACAUUGUAGAGAAUCAAAUUUUUUACGAAAGAACAAAGCACAUAGAGGUGGAUUACCAUGUAAUUAGAGAAAGAGUUCAGUCUGGUAUGAUCACUCUUCACUACAUUCCUACAGAAUUUUAGGUGGCAGACAUAUUUAAAAAAAGAUUAUCAAACGACCGAUUCAUCAUGUUGUUGUCCAAGAUGGGAAUAUACAAUCUAUACUCCCCAGCUUGUGGGAGCGUAACAAGGAGCGUGGAAGAUGAUGGAGCUCCAGUUGAUCAUGAGAUCAACAAAGUAGUUGCAGCCUGCUGGCCUUGUUGUGGAAGAAAGUACUCUGAUGAAAUACGAAAAACAGGGUCAGCAAAAGCGAAAGAAAAACGAUGACGUAAUGAUGCAGAGAAUGAAGGCAACACACCGUUUCGUUUUGCUUUGUUUUUACUAUACAGACUUUACAAGUGUAUAGAGCAUAUUGGUAGAUAGCAUAAAGUAAAACAAACGGCUAGGUGGAUCCCCUUUUUCGUUGUUUUAGCUCUGUAAACUGUAUAUAUUCUCUGCUCAAUGGAAAGCUCAGUAUGAGCAAUUUCCCCAAAUCUUCUCACUUCUGGAAAUCUUCUUAUGGCCUUGGAUGGCGUCAGUAGCAAGUUUGAGUUGAGAAUACUAGCAGGCUAAUUAAGGGGCUAGUUAGUAUUUGCUUUAAUUAUCUAAUUACGUCAGUUAAUUAAGUCACGCUAAUAUGUUAUAUGCGUAAUUUCUCCUUGAGUUUAUUUAUCUUCAGUAAGCAUGACAUUGCAGUUUAGUAUGAAUCUAAUGUUAAAGCAAAGUUAUGUUUUAAUAGUGUUUAUGGACUUACGUUUCAAGUUAUCAAGCAAGUACAUGCUUCUAUUACUCGCUUAACUAGAUAAGCACGCGCUACCUCCUCAUUGUGUGGAAGUUAUCGUGUUAUAUUACCAUACUCCUUCAGAUAAGAAGGUCAUGUUUGCAAGUAUGUUGGUAUCGGCCGUCAGUUGCUGCAGAAUGCAUGCGGUUACCUUUUACUUCCCAUAAGGUGGAAAAGUCACGUUCACAUUAUCAAGCUUUUCACGUUUGUCACAUUUUGGUGGCCGGACGGUUACGCUAGUUAAGAAGAGUUUGAGAGCCGUUUCAUAAGUAAAAUUCUAUAGAAUUU